AUGGCAAGCCGAUACGAUAGAAGAACCACAACCUUCAACCCAGAUGGUAGACUUUUACAAGUUGAAUACGCUAUUGAGCAUAUUAACCAAGAUGCUUCAGUGAUUGGAGUGUUAGCUAGGGAUGGUGUUGUGCUUGCAGCUGAAAAGAAGGAAACUUCUAAGCUUUUCAUUCCAACCAAGGAAUCAGGAAAGCUUUACAAGAUGGACGAUCACAUCUUAGUGUCUGUGUCAGGGGUUGUAGCUGAUGCUAACUUCUUGAUUGAUUAUGGCAGACUUCAAUGCCAGAGACAUUUGUACUCUCAUCAUGAGCCCUUCUAUGUUGAAGAACUUGUCAAGUACCUUUGCAACUACAAGCACUCAUACACUCAAUUUGGAAGCAGCAGACCAUUUGGUGUUUCAUUCAUGUAUGGAGGAUUUGACGAUGUCAGAGGCUAUCAACUAUUCUGCUCAGAUCCAUCAGGAAACUUUGGUUCAUGGAAAGCUCAUGCCACUGGUAAGGGAAGUGUCAACGCUAUCAGCACUCUCAAAACUGAAUACACUCAAGAUUGCAGUUUAAAGGAAGCUCUAAUCUUGGCUACUAAGGUCCUCGCCAAGUCUAUGGACACAACUACCCCAGAUGCUAAUAAAUUCGAGAUCCAAAUUAUCACCAAGAAUGACGAAGGCCAGAUUAUUCAAAGAAGAGUUGAAGGAGAAGAGCUUAAUAAAAUUCUUGCUGACGCCAAAGUAUUUGAGGACAACAAGAAAUGA